UGUAUCAUAGCUGUCUAAUUAGAGCUCAGCCUCCGCUCUUAAAGCUAUACAAAAUGGCUUGGUUGUUUGCGUAUGUGUCGAUUUCUACGGUAUCUGAAGCUACGAGUCUUUCGUGUUCCACCCAGCGAACAUUUGAGCUUGAUCAAAGGCCUCAAUUUUGUCCAGAACACCUACAAAACGAAUCGCGCCUGUCAUCAACGAUUGGUCAACGCAUCUUACUGCUACAAAGAACACGAGUGGUACUCAAUUCGUUUUGCUGUACAGCCCUCACCCUGCACACCACUAAAUCCUCAACCUCGAACAUACCGCCCUAAGCCUCGCCCUAUGAAUCCCCAACAUUUAAACUCGGCGAUUUGA